GCAAACCACCCCCACUUCUCUUCAUUUUCCUGUCAGAAGUGUGAAAAAAAAAAUGGCGAAAACCAGAAGUCUGAAGCAGAGAUCAAACCAUUUUCUUUUUAAGUUAAGCUUUAACCUCGCUGGUCCUUAACUACUGACUCCGAAGCUCGAACCCACAUUACCAGCUCCUCCUCCGAGCCAUGGCUGCUGCCUUAGAGUGCUGGUCGAGCAGAGCCAGCACCGAUGAGGACAUGGUGGAGCAAGUCCUGAUGCGAACCCAAGAUAGAUCAGAAACCACUUUACAGCCAGAUAGUUCCUCUUCUUCUUCUUCUUCUUCAAAUCUUCCAAUCAAAGACCCAUCAUCCUCUGUGAUGCAGAAACGGUUUCAGCGACUGAGUCGAAACGUGUCGGAGGCGAUUGCUUCGCUUAAGAACUCGCUGAAUCUUGACUCAGCUCGUGACCCACAAGUACAGGUUAUGCAGCAGCAGCAAGCACCGCAGCAAUUUAGUAAUAAUGGAACUAAGAUUGAGAGUUGCAGGAAGGUCGUGUGGGCUAGUGUUGUAAGGAACCUGACGCAGCUGUACCCAGGUAGCCAGUUGCCGGAGAAGCUUGUGUCCAACAUUAGGAAGCAUUACGAUUCUUUGCCUCUCAGUUACGCACAGGCAGGAUUUGAUAUGAAAGAUGUGUUUCUACACAUAAAGUUGAUAGAGCAGGCAUCGGUGGAUGAGCAACCAGCAAUAAUGAUACAGGAAGUAUCUGAUGAUGAGAUACAGGGUUCUGUAUUCAAGCUUACAUUUGCUUGUAACUCUUCGAUUUCUUGGCCAGUAAUGUCUGGUGCAUUAGAUAGCGCUUCCAUUUGCUGCAAGAAGAUUCAGAUCUUUGAAAAGAAGGGGUUUACUCUUGGGGUAGUUCUUAUUUUAGUUCAAGCUGGGCAAGAGAAAUCAUUCAAAACUCGGAUCGAAAGUGCUUUAAAAUCUGCUAUAAAGAAGCCCAAACCUACUGCUGUGAAGCUUCCAUUUGGGCUUUGUGGUUGCCAAGAAGAGAAUACUAGAGGGAGAGAUUUUGGUGAAAUUGAAGAGGAUUCGAGUGAACAGAAUUACAGGAAUGCAACUGAGAAUUUAAGUGCGAAGAUUCAGCUUGAGAUGCCCUUGCCUACUUCAUCGUUUGUCGUAUCAGUAGAUGAAUGGCAAACGAUUCAGUCAGGUGGAGAUGAGAUUGGGAAAUGGCUUUUGAACUCUGAUAAUCUUGAGUUAAUGGAUCAGACUGGGCCUAAUUCUUUUAAGGGAGUUUACAAGGGCAAAAGGGUUGGAAUUGAGAAGCUCAAAGGAUGUGAGAAAGGGAAUUCUUAUGAAUUUGAACUCCGGAAGGACCUGUUGGAGUUAAUGACUUGUGGACAUAAAAAUAUCCUGCAAUUUUACGGCGUUUGUGUUGAUGAAAAUCAUGGCUUAUGUGUUGUAACCAAAUUGAUGGAAGGUGGCUCUGUUAGUGACUUAAUGCUGAAGAACAAGAAGCUUCAGACUAAGGAGAUUAUAAGGAUUGCUGUUGAUGUAGCUGAAGGGAUUAAGUUCAUGAAUGAUCAUGGUGUUGCAUAUACAGACCUUAACACACAAAGGAUUCUAUUGGACCGACAUGGUAAUGCGUGUCUAGGGGACAUGGGUAUAGUUACUGCUUGCAAGAGUAUAGGUGAAGCUAUGGAGUAUGAAACAGAUGGUUACCGUUGGCUAGCCCCAGAGAUCAUUGCUGGUGAUCCAGAGAGUGUCAGUGAGACAUGGAUGAGUAAUGCAUAUAGUUUUGGCAUGGUGAUUUGGGAGAUGUUGACAGGUGAAGCAGCCUAUGCUGCAUGUUCACCUGUGCAAGCAGCAGUUGGAAUAGCUGCUUGUGGCCUGAGACCAGAGAUUCCUAAAGACUGCCCACAAAUCUUGAAAUCUCUGAUGACCAAGUGCUGGAAUAAUAGCCCAUCAAAGCGUCCUCCAUUCUUUGAAAUCCUAUCGAUUUUAUUACGCUUCAGCAGCAACAACAAUACUAGGUAAAAUUUGAAGGUUGUUUGAUUAAUAUAAUUGAAUUUUGUGUAAAAACAUGCACCUUGUCACGUAGGUGCUGUGAUGUAUAAUGUAGAUUUUGGAAGCUUAUAUAGCAUAACUGGAAACAAGAAUGUUCAUCCUUUUAUCCUCAGGAAAAAUGAAAAAGAGUGAAGAAUGUGUCUUGAUUGCU